GCUUUGAGUGAUGUCAUGCUAUUAAAGCCUUCCCGAUUCAAUAAAUACACACGUGCGCAUUUCACUGAUCAAGUCCUGAGCGAAUGGCACGACAACACUCGGAAAAGCCUACUCGCUGAUGUAGAAGAAGAAGCUUCCAGGAUUGCCAAAGUUCUUGACUUGAAAAAGAAACGCAUCAGGACACGUGAAGCCGUCCAGAAGUUAGUUGCCAUGAGUAUUGACAAGAAAGAUUGCGAAGCACAACUUUUAAUGGGUUUAUCGAAUUUGUAA